AUGGAGAUGACCGAAGGCGUCUAUCGAAAAGUCGACCCGGAUGGAGACAGCAGCAGUCUCUCUGCUGUCAAGUCUGUGGAGGCAGACGAGGUCCUCAACAAGACUUCAACCUCCACAGAGAAUGCUGCAGAUCCCAACCGUCCACACUCUGCUGGUAGAGAGCAGCAGGGCAUGAUGGAGAUGACCGAGCGCGUCUAUCAAAAAGUCGACCCAGAUGGAGGCAGCAGCAGUCUCUCUGCUGUCAAGUCUGUGGAGGCAGACGAGGUCCUCAACAAGACUUCAAACUCCACAGAGAAUGCUGCAGAUCCCAACCGUCCACACUCUGUCCUCAGUGUCCAGAUGAUAAUGAUGUCUAAACAGUUAGAGCAGAGCUACAGGGAGAAACUACAGAUGCAGGCAGACUAUGACAACAUGACCUCAGAUUACCAGCAGUUGCAGAUGAGUUAUAACGACCUGAACACCCUGCUCCUGGAGUGUGAGCCUGUGGCAGUGUCUUCUGGACGGGUGGUGUCAUUGUUGUGUUGUGUUGCACUAUGGGGUAGAGAGCAACAGGGCAGGAUGGAGAUGACCGAAGGCGUCUAUCGAAAAGUCGACCCAGAUGGGGAGGUCAAGUCUGUGGAGACAGACGAGGUGUUCAACGAGACUUCAAACAUCACAGAGAAUGCCGGAGAUCCCAACCAUCAACACUCUGCUGGUAGAGAGCAGCAGGGUGGGAUGGAGAUGACCGAGCGCGUCUAUCGAAAAGUCGACCCAGAUGGAGGCAGCAGCAGCCUGUCUGCUGUCAAGUCUGUGGAGGCAGACGAGGUCCUCAACAAGACUUCAAACUCCACAGAGAAUGCUGCAGAUCCCAACCAUCCACACUCUGUCCUCAGUGUCCAGAUGAUAAUGAUGUUAGAGCACAGCUACAGGGAGAAACUACAGAUGCAGGCAGACUAUGACAACAUGACCUCAGAUUACCAGCAGUUGCAGAUGAGUAACAACGACCUGAACAGUUCUCUCUCUCUCUCUCUCUCUCUGUCAGUGGACGUGACUCUGGAUCCUGAUACAGCUGCUAACAGCCUCAUCCUGUCUGCUGAUGGAAAACAAGUGAAAACUGGUGAUACAUCACAGAAUCGUCCUGACAACCCCAAACGCUUUGAUCAUGUUGUCAGUGUACUGGGCAAGCAUGGCUUCAACUCUGGUAGAUUUUACUAUGAGGUGCAGGUCAGUGGAAAGACAGCAUGGUCUUUAGGAGUAGCCAGAGAGUCCAUUAACAGAAAAGGCAGUGUAAAUCUUAGCCCUACAAAUGGGUUCUGGACAAUAUGGCUGAGGGAUAGUGAGUACAGGGCACUAGCUGGUCCCUCUGUCACCCUCUCCCUGAAAGAGAAGCCAGAGAGGGUGGGGGUGUUUGUGGAUUAUGGGGCAGGUUUGGUCUCCUUUUAUGAUGCAGACAGGUGGAGUCUAAUCUACUCUUAUGAAGGUGUCUCCUUCAGGGAGAAAAUCUAUCCCUACUUCUGCCCCAAUAAGAAUAAUAAUGGCAAGAACUCUGCUCCACUGGUCAUCACUUCAGUCUCCUGUUUCAAGUAAUUUGAAUCAGUGAAGGAGAUGGAAUGCUUGAGCUCUGUUGUACUUAAUGAGUCGGCCCUUCAAAUGUUUCAGAGAAAUAAGCCAAACCAUGGGCAGCUCUGGACCAUGUAAAAUGCCAAUUACAGUUACUAUGCGCCACUCACCACUAUUCUAGCCUGACAAGCCUACAAAGUAG